AUGAAGAUCCAUUAUCUUCUGUUUGCUUCACUCUUCCUGUUUUUGGUGCCUGUUCCAGGUCAUGGAGGACUCAUGAACACAUUACAGAAAUAUUAUUGCAGAGUCAGAGGCGGCUGGUGUGCUGUGCUCAGCUGCCUUCCAAAGGAGGAACAGAUUGGCAAGUACUCGAUGUGUGGCUGA